AUGAUGAACCUAGUAAUUGCAAUCGCUUCCUUGGGUGUUCCCCUGUUAAUUAUAAGGGUAAAUGAAUCCUGUGGAGAACUUUGUGUUAUAGAAAGUACAUGUGGAGCGGUAAAUUUUAGUCAGGCAUUAAACAUUGAGAUUUUCAGGUUGGAUUCUAUUACAAUGGAAUGGAGUCAUGUGAAAAGUUCAAAAGAUAGGGCAUUUUUCUUUAGCACGAACGCAUCCUAUGCUAUUUCCUGUCCAGCUAACGAGUCAGGGAUUGAAGGUGGUUUCAUAUAUUUUACUUCGGGCACAGAUAGAAUCUUGUACUCCUUUAACAUUGAAGAUAAAAGCAUCUCAACUUCUCUUCCUUGCAAUAAUCUUCAAGAGCCAUGGUCUUCAUCCUUCUGGUUCAUGCCUGAUUUAAGUUAUGUUUUGAUUGAAAGCUCCUUGUUCACUAACAUAUAUAGUUCUAUGUACAGCACCGCUAAUCCGAAAACUGAAGUCAACCAGAUAAUCAUUAAAGAAGUAAAACAAGGAGAAGAAGAAGAAGAGGAAAUAGAAAUUGAAGAGAGGAAAGGCAAACAGAUCCUGGAGUUUUCACCAGACAAAAGUGAAGCACAAGUAAGAAACCUCUGUGACCUUCCAUUAGAUAUCAUAGCAUCGAUUGCAGAAAAUCUCCACUUAGUUGAUUACGUCAAUUUUCGUUUAGUCUGCAAAACUUUUCGACUAGUAGCCCCUCAAAUUCAAUGGAGACAAACUUUUAACUUAGAGUCACAUUCUCUCCCUCCUUGGCUUAUGUUUUCUGGUCAUCAAGGUGAUAGUAGGGCUCUCCACACUUUCAUUGAUCCAAAGCUUGGUGAUAGAUAUUUGAUGAACAUCCCAAAGUCUAUAAUAGAUUUUGAUAUUCGAUAUUCUAAAGAGGGAUGGUUGCUAAUGUCGUCAAAGGUUCAAGGAGACUCCAUGUUCUUCUACAAUCCCUUUAUAAAGAAACUCAUCAGUGUUCCACCACAAGCAGAUUUCGAAAUAUACCAUAGCUUUGGUUUCUCGUCUUUGCCAACUUCACCAGGCUGUAUAAUUGUUGGGAUUUCAUUGUGGUCAAUUUCAUACUUUAACUUUCGGGAGAUGAAGAAUGGCAUGAUGUUUGGCGAGGUGAUUAUCCCCAUUUCAUUCCAGGUCAUAACAGUCCAGUUUACUUUGAUGGAUCUUUUUAUUUUCUUGGACAGGAUGGAAACCUAG